CUCAAAGUAAUUUUGUUUGCUUUGCGAUAAAAGGUGGAUAGAGAGUAGUUAUCGUCUUGUUUGACUGUAUUCUUGCUGACAACGUUAUGUUCUUGUGAUAGAACUGUAGACAGAGUCAGAUAAACUGUAAAAGAAAAAAACUAACAAAAACAGGGGAGUUAGUUAUUUUUUAAGCUAACAGUUCAGUCCAGUGUUGUCCAAGUCAAGUCAAAGUUUAUUUCUAAAGCACUUUUUAAAAGCAACCUUGGUUGAACCAAAGUGCUGUACAGAGGUAAAAAUGACGAUACACACACCAAAUAAACCAGUAAUGGAAUAAAAAUUAGCACAAGUUUAAAAGCAAAAAGAAAAACAAUAAAAUAAUAAAAGAGAAGAUGGGCAGUAAAAGAUGAAGAAUAAAAAGGGAGCAGUGUUUUGAAGACUGAGCGGCUCUAACCUGGAAAGGUGGGUUGUUAGUUGUGGGACUCUAGCUGAGAAGACUCUGUCCCCACGGGUGGAGAGUCUGGACCGAGGCGCUGCCAGGAGCAGCCCGUUUGAUGACCCAACAGCCCCGGUCAUCGUGUGAGAGUUCAGCAGACAAAUCCUAUGAUGUCGGAUAUGAAAUUCUGAAAAUUCCUUCCAGCUGCUUUUCAUUGACCUCUGCCCUUACUCAGUUAUGUGUAGAUGUAGAAUGGACAUCAGUGUGUUGGACUCGGAUUUCUCUAGAAGUGUCUGUGUGCAUGCUGCGUUCAGAUAAGGAGGGGUAGGUUGUUGUGUGUGCGUUAAAAGAGAGAAACCAAAAGCAGUCCGAGUGGAGAGAGGCUGGAGUUCAGCAAAGAGCCUUUCUGAAUGGGGCAAAGAAGGGGUGAGACCCAGACAAUCCAACAAGAGGCUCUCAAGGACAAGUAAUGGUCCCUUUCCGAGACUUGUGUUGCAGAUUUGUUCAGGCUUACCUGCUUUUCAGCAUGAAGGCACCGCUUGGAUUAUCCAUGAGCUCCGAUUUCCCACACUACAGUUUCAGGAUGCCAAAUAUAGGGUUCCAGAACCUCCCUCUCAAUAUCUACAUUGUGGUGUUUGGGACGGCCAUCUUUGUCUUCAUCCUCAGCCUCCUCUUCUGCUGCUACUUAAUAAGGUUACGGCACCAGGCGCACAAAGAGCUAUAUGCAUACAAACAAGUCAUUCAGAAGGAAAAAGUCAAAGAGUUAAAUUUGCAUGAGAUAUGUGCAGUGUGCUUGGAGGAGUUCAAACAGAAAGACGAGCUGGGGAUUUGUCCAUGCAAACACGCCUUUCAUAGGAAGUGCCUCAUUAAGUGGUUGGAGGUGAGGAAAGUGUGCCCGCUGUGCAACAUGCCCGUCUUGCAGCUGGCCCAGCAGGCCGGCAGCACGGACCCCCCUGUGCCAAUACAGCAGCCGCUGCCCGGCAUCGAGAACCUGGUGUAGCAGACUCCAAACCCCCCUGUCACAGUACACUACAGACACACACAAACACACACCCCGACACCCAUGCUCUCUCACCUGUACAGGUACACCUUGGUAUGAGUCUGUUGGUGACAGACCGGAGAAACUGGAGCUGCUGCACAAGACGUUCACGACAACCCGUGAACGUGCAGCCAUCGUCACCUCUCUUAUCUUUGCAUUUGUUCACAAAAAAAGGAUUUUCUGACUGAUAAUCAGCUGUUUUCAUGUUUUUUUUUUUUUUUUCCUUUUUCUUUACACGGACAAUGAAGAAGCGUUACCUUCUCAACCGAGAAAUUAUCAUUACCUUUUUUCACAACCAAAGCACUUUCCUGGGGACACCAGCGAACGACUAGGAGGAGGGAAACUCAAAAGCCAAGAACUACAACACACUAAAAAAAUAAAGACGUUUUUCUUUUCUUUUCUUUCUUUUUGUUAACAAGCACUUUAUGAGAAGUUAAACCUUAAUUGCUUGUGGAUCUUAGUCCCAGGGUCAUAUUUUAUAUUUUUAUCAUUAACAUUUAUUUCUGUGUACAUUACAUGAGGAACGUGGGUUUUCAUUUUUAAAUUGGUAAUAUCUCAAAGGGACAGAUUUUAUGUCUGACUAAAUGUGAAAGGUUGGAGUGUGUUGAAACUCGGAACAACAACACACUUCGUACAAAACCUAUGGAAUCCGUUCACUCAUCACCGUUUGUUCUUAAUUAUAUUGUGACUGUUGUUAUCCAUCAUUAUUUUUUUUUUUACUAUUAUUAUUUUUAAUACCGAACGGCGAUGCAGUGAACAAAUUGUGGUGUCAAAACAACGUCCAGAGCUAUUACACAGGCAAUAAUCAAGAAAAACCGUUCAGCAGCAGAAAAUUUAAAUUCAAAGUAACGACUGUGAUGACGUCCACCGGUGUCGGUGAGUGUAGCGCGACGCUUCACGCGCACAACUAUUGUAAAGAACAAACCUGUAAUUAGGCAGAGAUCCUCUAACAUGACGAGAUGUUCCAGUUUUACUUUGCUCUUCUGCUGCUUUGUGUUUUUUUUUUUUGUUUGUUUUUUUUUAAAUCAAAGCUGGGCUGUGUGAAUGUUACGGUGGUUUGCUUCAGGUUAACACAUUUAACAAACAACAACAACAACAACAAAAAAUAACAGCUUAAACUAGCACCACGUAUCGUGCAAAAAAGAGACUAAUAAUUUGCGUUAGACACGGAUCAGAAGUGAACUUUUACUUAAACUGUGCUCCAUCCACACUUACUAACCCUAACUCUGCGGAUUAUUUUUUACUAUUUUAUUUUAUUUAUUAUAAAUUGUUGGUACAGCUGCACAGAGAUAACCGGUUGACGGACUGACACCCACAACGCAAGCACUCAUGCCCUCAGCAUGUCAUCAGCAUAUCUUUUGGUCAACACACACACACACACAUGCAUGCAUGCACAUAGGGAGCCCCCCUCUCCCCCUCCAACCCCUCCCCAAAAAGCGACAGUGGUCAGCAGGUUGUAAUGAAACAGCGUUUUCAUUCAAACAGAGGGUAGCUGAGCGUUUCGGCUGCAGGGUUCUGGUGCUUUCGCCUCUGCGUCUCCCUCUUUCUGUACGGUACAGGGCGCUUUUGUUUCACGCCGCACAUACAGUAAAUCUGAGCCCUGCUUUUGUGGAUAUUUUUUUGUCCUCACCUGCUGUUUAGCUGCAUUUAGUGCAUUUAUUGUAGGGAUGGGGGAGGAGGUGGAGGAGGCUGUGCUUCCCAGUGAUGGGCUGUGAGAAGUUUAACUGUCACACAUGAUCUUUAGAAGCGCAGUCUGAUUCAAAUGGAUCAAACAACAGAGCGGCCACACACACUUCUGCCCUCAUCCAUUUGACAUCUGCAGCUGGAAGUAAUGGAAAUUUAUAAAUUCUGAUUCAUGUCAAGUCAAAUUUCCAUUCCGCAAACGUUCACGCAGCUCAUUUGUGAACGACGGUUCCCCUUUCUUCUCCUCUCAGCCCUGAGCCGAUCAGUGCAGGUCCCCGGCACGCAGGUGGCUUUUAAAAAGUGACAAUGGCUUUUAGCCCCGUACGGCUGAAAAGCUUUGUUACUCUGACCUGUGCGCUCUGAAUGUUUCAUCCCUGUUGAAUGUCUGCCCACACACACACUGACGCCCUUUGUGGUGCGGUCACAGAAUAAUGCAGCUAGGAGGGAAAAAAAAAAAAAAAAAAAAAACGUCAUGAGAGCAAAAGCGGGGUCUCUCUGUCUCUGUCCUGCCUUUUAGCUGUUACCUGGCGCCUGGUGACGAACGCAGCACUUUGCUGCCGUCAAUAAGAAAACCAUUAACGCUGGCCCCAAAUUAGCCUUAUUUGAACAACAACGAAGCAAACGGUUAAAAUAAAAAUAGAAAGUUUUGGUUUUAUGUUGAACAAAAUAAACACGAGAGCCCUUUUCAUUCUGUUAAGAGAUUUAAAGCAUUUGGUACCUUCUAAGUCUUAGGUUAUGAAGGGGCCUCUGACGAUGCGACGUUACGAGAACCAAAGUCCUUCACGGUAUUAUCCCCAAACCUUCAGUCUAUAAGUCACAACAGUGGUCAACAACGAGCUGCUGCUAACAAGUCUUAAAGCUUUGUUCCUGCUAACAGGUUUGUCUUUGAAUGUAUGGUUUACGAGAGGAAGAAAAGAUUUAAUGUGAACGCAUGCUGUUUCGGAGGGUCAAGUGGCCACUGAUAUCACCCCUGUUACAUGUAUGUAGACCGUAGUAUCGUUACUAGUGUAUUUAUACAUGAGGUGCACAUGAUAAUGCUUCUUGAUAUUAACUAAAUGGCAGCUGACCCUUCCUGCCAUCUGGCUAUCUUAAGUGUUGUGUUUGAUUGUAAACACGUUUAGCCUUUCCACCUGUCCCUCCUGUCCCUCCUUGUCCCUCCUGUCCCCCCUGUCCCUCCCGUGUGCCGUCCCGAUUCCCGCCGAAGACAAAGUGCCACCUGAAGAGGAAACGUUGAGAAUCUAAGUCGUAGCCAAACGAGAAAGAAAAGAAUGUCCCGAAAAUAGGAGAGAUGAGAGGGAGAGACUCUGUGAGGCCAAAAAAAAAAAAAAAAAAAAAGGAUGGAAAUGGAGCCAGAAGUGAAUGAAGUGAUGAACGUCUUCCUACGACUGAAAUCACCAUUGACGUCACUGUGGCUUCUGAGCCGACUCUAAAAAUAAACAAGACUGUAUCAGAUGAAAGAGGAGCACGGCUUCAAAAAAUUGACUGAUGCUCAAAAAUGAAAUCCUCCUCACAGGAUAUGACAAAAGAAACAAAAAAGCAAAAAAAAAAAGAGCCUUUCCCUCGUAGAUGAGGGUUUCAUGAUAUUUCCGAGGUUGGUUUUUAGCAACCAGACCAUUAAGAUGUGUCCUCUCUAUCACUGCCUCCGUGUACUUACCUCCUGUUUGUAUGGUGUCUUAUUUAUUCCUCUGUAGCUCUCGUGGUGCCCCGUCGUCUCUCAAAUAACUUCCUCCCUCUUCGUCCAAAACAAACACACCCUCUACCUGCACACCCCGUUUUUUUGUUAACACUGAUUACGUUUGUGGACUUUCACAGACAUUGUUUGUAAAACUAAGAAUUCUGCAGCAGAAUAUUUUUGGAGACAAUUUGCUGUACAGUAUUUGUAAGCUCUAUUUUUGUAUAUUGCUAUUUUGAAAGAAAAUAAUAUGCUUUUUUUUUCUUUUCUUGUUUUUGCUAAUUUCAUGUUUAUUCAUUUUAAGAAAGUUUUGCAUGUGACUGACUUGAACUGUAAAUAAAAUUUCCAGGUUUUGGAAAGAUUA